UGGAUGCGGUUACGGCAGGGCUGUAGUACGGCUACAGAUGCUCCUGAAUUUGCAGAAAGAGGCUCUGAAUUUGAAUCUCAAAUAUUUGCUUGUAACGUGCACAAAUGAAACAAAAGUCUUAAACUUAGAGGUCUUUUCAUGCAACAAAGGUACUGCCUUAGCCGUGUUAGCAGGAGCUCCUGGUGUAAAUGUACCGUACUAUCAGAGGAGGAGGAGGAGGAGGAUGGGGUGCAAGUAACCAGAGAUACACUAAUGUUAUUCAACCCUCCACCUUUAAGUCCAGUACAUGGGGUGGCAGCAAAGAUCAUGGAAGAGGAUUUUUUGGAUCGUCUGAUUUUGGAUCGUUGGACAGUGGCAGUAGAAAUGCAGACUUUUCACAGAACAGAUUUUCUGCAUUAAUGACCAGUCAAAAUACUGAUGAUGGCUAUAAAGAUGAAGAGGAGAAACUUCUUGAAGGCAUAGUAAAAGACAUGGAAAUUUGGGAAUCUUCAGGACAAUGGAUGUUUUCAUCUUACUCACCUAUGAAAGAAAAGCCUAAUGUCUCAGGUUUUCAAGAUUUCUCACCAGAAGAGUUACAUCUGGAGUAUUAUAACUGCAGAGCAAACAAUGAUAUUCAGAACUAUAUAGAUUCUGUCCAGCAGUUAGUGAAACAAUGGAAAAGUAGACUGCUUCAGUUAAAAACUUUAAAUGCAUCAACAAGAACAGCACUGCUCUCUGAGUUGAAGAAUGCAGUCAGUCAACCAUUGCCUUCAUUUGGAUUUGGAGGACAGCAAACAUCAGGCUUUGGGUUGUCAAGCUUUCCUGUGAACAGCAGCAGUAACAGUGCUAGCAAUUUCUCCUUUAAAACAAGUUCCGGUGUUGUCAGUGCAUCAUCUGGAAACACCCCUGCUUUUGGGAGCUCUUCUGUUGGCCGUGAUCCUCCUGCGUUUGGUGUGGUGUCCUCCCCUAGCAUACCCCAUUCGGUUGGGUUUGGUGGUCAGUCAGCUCCAUCUGCAGCCUCCUUCUCAUUUAAAACUUCUGAAACAACUAGUGGUUUUGGAACUUCUGGGUUUUCGGGGUUUGGCAAUUCUUCUGCUGUGAACUCUUCAAGCACCACCCCUACAGCUUUUGGAGCUUUUAAUGCAGCAGCAGCAGCUUCUCCUUCACGUUCAAGCAGUACUUUAUUUGGACAGCCUCCCGGUGGUCCCGGACAUAAUGUAACAGCAGCACCUUCUCCAGUCGCAAACCAUAUUACAUCAGAAAAGUUAUUUACGCCAAAGAUGGAACUAUCAGCUGAAGAGUUGAAACAAUUUGAAGCAAAGAAGUUCACAAUAGGAAAGAUUCCUCUCAAGCCACCACCACUAGAACUCUUAAAUGUUUAGGAUUUGUAUAUUUAUUCUGAAAUUAGGAAAUUAUUUUACAUUAUUUUGUAAUUGCUCUGUGACACCUUAAACGCACAAUUUUGGAGUUAAGUAAUGAAUUAAAACGCUUCCUUGUGAGUUAAAUUUUCAUUUCAUCUCUGUUUUCUGUGGUAGUAAAUUCAGAUAUAAAUAUUUCAACAUUGUGUUUAACUAUUUCUUAGUUGGUUUGGAGAGGACAUUUUAAAUCCAAGAAAUACACUGUUGAAAAUAAAUUUUAUAGUAAAAGUUCCGUUUUGUACUCUGUACUGUGAAAUUAUGGGCAAAGAGAAUCUUAAAACAAAAACCUUUGCAAAAAUAGGAACACUUUGGUGAUGUGUUCACAGCCUACUGAUUUAAAGGAAGUGGAUACAAUGUAAGGCAAGGUGAUCCAAAACCAAACAGUUUUAUGUCUCUUAUUAAGUGAUUUCAUGCAGCCUUUGACAACUGUGUCGGUGAACACAGGCUCCUGUACGGUCUUCACCCAGUUCUGUGCUUCUGCGGCCCUGGAGUCAGUUACCUUUCCCAGCUGAUACAGUUUGGUUUUUGUUGGCUGUGCUUUAGGUUAUAAUGCAUACAUUAAUAUAGUGCAAAUUGGGGGAUGACAGUCUUAAAAGCAUUCACCUAACAAGAAACUUGCUGUUUGCUGUUUUGACACUUAUUGAUUAAGUAGUUCCAGCAUUAAUUAUGAAGUUUCAUUACAUUUAUGUGAAUUGAUACAGUUUUGUUGUCUGAUUCUCAAAUCUGAUGGCUAUGUAUGUUAGCAGUAGCUUUACUGAAUUAAUGAUAUUAAGAUAUGUAUUUUGCCAAGAUUAUAACAUUCAUAAGCAGCAGUCAUAAAUUUUCCAAAAUGAAGUACUGGAGUCUGUGUGAUAAGAACAUUUGUUCUUGACCAGGCCCUCCUGUUGAUGGUUUUAAAUUACUGAACCUCAUAUUUUAAGAGGGAAGCAAAAGCUUACUCCAAGGUAUACAUACGUAAGUUGACUGUUUCUUUGAGUAGUUGAAGAUAACAUUUUAGUUCAUGCCAUGGACCUAUGGUCAUACCUAAAACUGCUAUAAAUAUGCUUCCUAACAAAGGUCUAUAGCGUAGCCUGGAAUAUUGCUUGCUUGCUUAGUGUGAAAGAGUUUAACAUCCUGGAUGUAAACUCAAAAUGACGGAGAAUGGGCAAGCAUGUGCAGGCUUAAUGCCUUGCAUCCUGUGCUCAGGAAGUCGUGCAUGUUAUCUUACAAUGCUAGGUUGCUUGUAUGGAUUUUUCUGGUGAUGGUUUUGUAGAUGAAAUAAGGCAUCUGGUUUUUGUUACUGUUAAUGACCCAGUACAGGCUUUGUAUAACCCACAAAAGAAAUACUGAUACAUGUGCCUGGAGUUCUGUUAAAAUCUUACGAAAUGUGUUUUCCCAAGUGGGGACUUUGGAGUAGUUCUGAGACUCGUACAAAUUAAGACAUGUACUUGCUUAGGGCUCACUUAGCUCUGAAUUGUUUCUGCCAGUUACUGAGAUUCUGACACGGAGAAACUGAGGAACACAGCAAAAUAUGUUAUCCCACUGUAGUUCUAGAAAACCCAGAUGCUCACAGCAGCUGUUAAACUCACUUUUGUAAAAUCUUACUAUUUAAAGUAACAAAAAGUGUUCAUGGCUUUUCAGAUGAAUUCCAUAACUGCCUGAACUCAUUCUUUACAUACUUUACCAUUUCUUGUAUUUCCUUUAUGAGGACUGAGUGGCUCUCAAGCCAAAUUGUGUCAGAAAGCAACAAGUUUAAAAAAAGUGUCAGUAAACUUUUUUUUUUUUUUUUUAAUAAAGCAGCAUGCUUUAUUAUAUGCUUGAGUAGUAGUGUAAAAUGAGGUCACUUUUAAUCUUGAAAAUCCCAUGACAUGUUUUAGAAGACUGGAUGAUUGCCUUACAUUUAAGGUAGUAAUAAUUUUGAAGUCACCUGCACUUUGAACUUAGUCUUUAUCUUGCGAUGUUCAUCCUCUAAAAUGGCUACUUCAGUAAACAGAGGAAUUCUUUUAAGCAGCAGUUACAGACAGGCCACAUCUGAUAAAUGAUUAAGCCACCUGUACUAAGUUGAAGUGUCUUUGUAUGCACAAGGCCACUUCAAGAUUUUUUUUUAAGCCUCUGUACCUCAAUGCUGCUGCUGUGCUACGUAAGAGCUUAAAAGCGCUUACUGCUGAACUUAAGUAAUGAGCUGGCUAAAAUCUUCAGUCAUUCUUGGGUAGUGCAGCAGGCUGCUGCUAAGCUGCACUAAGACCUUUCAAGGCUGUGUAUUGCCCAAGAACUUUUUAUGUUGGAAAUGCUUUUACUUUGCCUGAAAAUAUGAAUAAUCUACUGUAUAUAGUUCAGUAUUGGCUAGAUAUUUUCAAACAUUGUUCUAACUUACAGAAGUUUAAGGGGGGGAUGGAACUUUGAAGUAUUAAGUCACUUUGCUGUAAGAAAUGUAAGUAGAAAGGUUAAAGGAGCUACUUCUGAUUUAGAUGACAGAAUAAAUUUAAAAAAAAUCA